AUGUACUUAGUAAUACUCACGAAUGCAUCAAAUGCCGACUUUGGUUGUAACCACAAACUAGCAGCUGCGGUCACGUCAACCUCAGCUACGUUGAUUCGAAGCCGCCGCGCAAAGUGUAUAAAAGUACAACUAGAGCCAAGGUACAACAGGUGGUCCAUGGAGCAAUCAAUAUUGAUGUUUCAUGAUAUUGGUGGGUUAGAUCUACUAGUUUUAGAUGAUGUACACGAAUCAAAAUGGUGGACGACACUGCCACUUUUUGCGUUUCUUCUGCAUGGAUCUUUUCCCGCUAGUAGACGAAGGGCUGGAAUAAAUAAGAUCGAUGACCAACACUCGUUUGCGAAACAGAGUCGGUGGCUUUCUCCGGUAGUUUUUCCACCGAAGUAGAAGCAACAACCAAAAAUGUUUGUCAUGGUAUAAAAAUGCGCCUCGUUUUUGUUUUAGUAUUCGCACGGACGACAGUGGUCGUAGCGGUAGCACAAAAUAACCCAGACUACGACAAGUUUGUAAAAGUUCUUAGAAGCAACUUUUUGUAAACGUCGAGGUGUAGUAGAUGAACUGAAAAUUUACAAAAAUUUUUUAGGAUUUCUUAGUGUGUUUGAAAAUAAACUCAAUCAGGAAACAACAACAAGCUGGUCUCUACUGUACAGCUGUUUCCUGCAGCGCAGCUGUGAUUGUUGCUUGGACUCGCAUCUUACGUAAACAUUUUCAACAGCACAUGGAACUUUCGACCUCUCACGAUUUUUUUAAAGAUGAAAAAAAAACCUGAACAAAAAUAUUGGUCGUGCUGCUGGUGUUUCACCAAGUUUAGGCUCCUGUUUCGUGCUUGUCUUCGCAGAAAAAGAGGCGGAAAUGAAAAUUCCUUGGCAUUGUUCUAUUUUUCGCGACUUAUCACGAAAAAUCUGCGGCGUGUGAACAUUUUCAAUUUCCACUUUUCCACCUUCCGGAGUCAAUGUUUCUUGACCGCCGGCCGAGAUCCACGUAGGCUACGUUAUUACAGAACGUCCGGGUCUCUUCUGACCAUUUGGUUGUAAGAUUUAGAUUUUCAUUUUGGUUGUACACAAGACAAGGUAACAACAGAACGAGCACGAUACACCAGUUUUGAGCUGCUGUUGAAUUG